ACGAAAACGUUAUUUUGACGAGCACCACAACAGUUGCACUCGAUUCCCACAACUUGACAAGUUUCACAAAGAACAAAUGUCACUGCCAUGCUUCACUCCCGAGUACUGGGAACCCUCGUGGCUUUGUCAGAAUGACAGGCUCUCCGCUAUCAAUUGGCACCGUCCGGCCGAGCCAUGGUGCGGGGUCGAAGCUGGUAUCCGGACGUCACGCAUGUCGAUCAUGGCUCACUUCCCAAUAGCAUCGCCGCUUUGGCAUCAAAGGUGUCACUAACCACCCCAAAGCGGAAUAACGCCGGCCGGAGGAUGUAUCAUUCCGCGGGCUCAACCUUUUUCCGUCCUUUAACGAGCUAGACACACUGGAGCUUGCUUAUUACAUCUCGGCUUCCCACUUCCUUUUCCUUUCUUGCACAACCUCGUCCUUCAACGUACCACAAACUUGCACCUUGCAACACCACGUAGCAACGCAACGAUGUCGGAACUGAAGGAGUAUCCACGUCGCGACAGUGGGCGGAGCAGCAACUCUGCUACAAACGACAAGAUCAAGGGCCUGGAGCGGGAUCAACUGGAGGCGGGCAUCAGCCCAUUGGUGGCCGAUCUACCUCCGGACCCAGAUGCUCACUUGAGCGCUGGCGAGCGAGCAACCAUUGACCGUCGACUUCUCUGGAAGCUAGACCUCGCGUUGAUCCCUUGGCUUUGUGUUUUGUACCUCCUCUCGUUCUUGGACCGGACAAACAUUGGUAAUGCCAAGAUCGUCGGUCUCCAGCAGUCUCUCGGUUCUACUGGCCAUCCUCUCUCGGCCGGCGCUUACAAUGCUGCUCUCUCCAUCUUCUUUGUUUCAUACUCCCUCUUCGAACCUCUCACCAAUGUCCUGCUCAAGCGCCUUACUCCAAAGCUUUUCAUCCCGAUCAUCAUGGUCCUCUGGGGUCUUAUCAUGACUUUGAUGGGCUUUAGCUACAACUGGUCUGGCCUGAUGGCUGCUCGCUGGUUCCUUGGUCUUGCCGAAGCCGGCCUCUUUCCAGGAGUGAAUUACUACCUCUCUUGCUGGUACCGUCGCUCCGAGUUCGGCAUCCGUGCUGCCAUCUUCUUUAGCGCAGCCGCAGUCUCUGGCUCCUUUGGUGGUCUCCUUGCAGCUGCAAUUGAGAAGAUGGUUGGCCUUGGUGGACGUCCGGGCUGGGCAUGGAUUUUUAUCCUUGAGGGUAUUCUCACUGUCCUCUUCGGCCUCGCUUCCUUCUGGGCCGUCCAGAACUUCCCUGACAAGGCAACCUUCCUCUCUGAAGUAGACCGUGCUCGCGUCAUCCGACGUCUGAAGAUGGAUCAACAGUCUUCAGCCGAACAUGAAGAGUUUAAGAUGCAAUAUGUAACUUCCGCUCUUAAGGAUUACAAGAUGUGGUUGGGCAUGAUGAUCUACAUGGGUUGCGACAUGCCACUCUACGCCUUCUCCCUAUUCCUCCCCACUAUCAUCUCUCAGAUGGGUUACACGGCCACCAAGGCACAGCUUCUCACCGUUCCUCCGUACGCUUGUGCAGCAGUCCUGACCAUCACCGUCGGCUACAUCGCUGAUCGCACCCGCCAACGCGGUCUCUGCAACAUCUUCGUUUCCCUCAUCGGCAUCGCCGGUUUCGCCAUCCUCCUCGGCAGCGAGAAGCCCCAUAUCAAGUACGCAGGCACCUUCCUCGGCGCCCUGGGUAUCUACCCCUGUAUCUCCAACACCAUCUCCUGGGUCAGCAACAACAUCGAGGGUGUGUACAAGCGCGGCGUCGUCUUGGGUUUCGUCAUCGGCUGGGGCAACCUCAACGGUAUCGUCUCCUCUAACAUCUACCGCACCGGCCCCAAGUUUACCGCAGGCCACUCAACUGUCAUGAUUUACAUGAUCGUCUGUCUUCUUGGUGGUAGCAUAGCUAUGCGUACCUUACUUGUGAGAGAGAACAAGAAGCGCUUGACCGGCCAGCGAGACCACUGGACCCGAGGCAUGUCUCAUCGCGAGGCAGAGAAGUUGGGCGACAAGCGACCCGAUUUCAUCUACACUCUGUGAUUUCCUCACUUAAUGUGUUCCCAAUCCUCCACCUCCAGCUUGGUGUCUCGUUUGUUUCCCUCAUCUUGAUCUUGUUUCAUGGAUGACGCGAUGAUACCCGAGUUGAGUUGCUUUGAUACGGGAGGGAAUGGUGCGUCAUCAUGGAAGGCUGUCAUAAGGGCCAGUUCUUUUGGGAGUCGGGGCUUAUAAUACACAAUCUGCGAGACAGUCAUGAGGAUUUGUUCGCGAGGCUGUGUUGAAUGAAGUCAGUCUUUCGAGGAAGCUUGGACUUAUACAUAGUCUGCGAAAACUGAAUAAAAAAUGAUCAACGAGAUCCAUCUG